AUGAGACUACUGUGGAUUCUAGCCCUGGUGGCGUUGCUGUCGGCCAAUCUGAAUGAUGCCAGACGAGUGUCUAAAAGACGUCGAAGAAGCGUUGCUAUUGUGGAUGAGGUAGCAGAUCUGAAACAUAAGGUGGAAGAGUUAUCUAAGAAAGUCCACCAACUGGAAGAGGCAGGUCAUGGUGUUCACAUCCACAUUGGAAAUGACUAUCAGGAUAAGAGUCACAAUGGCCACCAAAGCAACGGGGGUCACCAUGACUCUCAAGUCGUCGUCGUUGAUGACCACCACGACGACGAUCAUCACGGAGAUGACCACCAUGACUCUCCAGCCGUCGUCGUUGAUGACCACCACGACGACGAUCAUCACGGAGAUGACCACCAUGACUCUCCAGCCGUCGUCGUUGAUGACCACCACGACGACGAUCAUCACGGAGAUGACCACCAUGACUCUCCAGCCGUCGUCGUUGAUGACCACCACGACGACGAUCAUCACGGAGAGGUUCACCACGACGACGAUCACCACGGCGAGGAUCACUCAGGAGAUGACCACCAUGAAUCUCCAGUCGCCGUCGUUGAUGACCACCACGACGACGAUCAUCACGGAGAUGACAACCACAAUGAUGAUCAUUCUGGAGACGGGGAUCACGGACAAGAUAACGAACACCAUGACGAUGAUCACCAUGACGAUGAUCACCAUGACAAAGAUAAUUCCAAACAUUACAAAAAUGCAGAACAUAUCUACCUCAACAUGAAACUCUCAGGCGGAUGCUGCAAAAAGCAUAAACCAGAAGUACCCGCUAAGAAAAUAAUCCAUGCUCACUGCGAGAUGAUGCCCAAUAAAAAAACACCAGAUCUAGCCUACAGAAUUAGGGGUCACGUCGAGUUAACUCAGGAGCCCGAUCACGAGGACGUUAAAAUCAUUUACGACCUCAAGAAUCUGAAGCCCCAUCAACCACACGGUGUGCAUAUACACGAAAUAGGCGACAUGACGAAUGGCUGUAAUUCUCUCGGAGGUCCCUACACCCCUACCAAAGGCCAUAUUGAAGCUGGUAAUAGGGACAGUCACGCCGGCGAUCUCGGUAAUAUUGAAGGGGAUGACCAUACCCUGUAUAAACACACCGGUACUGUCCAUGCUGAUUUACUUGAUCUGAUCGGCCGUUCUAUUGCCAUUAAUUCCGGCGCUGAUGACAGCCAUGGUAGCCACGGAGGUCCAAUAGCGUGCUGCGUCAUCGGGCGAAGUCUCACUGAUCAUCACGACGAUGACCAUCACGACGAUGACCAUCACGACGAUGAUCACCACAACGAUGACGAUCACCACAACGAUGACGAUCAUCACAACGAUGACGAUCAUCACAACGACGAUGAUCAUCACAACGACGAUGAUCAUCACAACGAUGACGAUCAUCACAACGACGAUGAUCAUCACAACGAUGACGAUCAUCACAACGAUGACCAUGGUGAUCAUCACGAGGUUGAUCAUCACAAGGAUGACCAGGACGAUCACCACGACACGAACGAUCACCAUAACGAUGGUCAUGGCAAUGAUAGUCACCAAGAAGAUCACAAGGACGAACAUGACUACAGUCACACUCACUCGCAUCAUCAUAAGAGUCAUGAUAACAAGCAUGACGUACACGACAGUGAUCACCGCAACGAGGGCGACGACGGCUACAGUCACUCUCACGAACACCAUCAUAAUUAA